GUGUCUGACCAACAUGUGUGACUUGUUGGGUUCGCCAUGAAGAGAAGUCAUGCGGUCUUUCUACAAUCGCUUGUACCUCUGAUUAAAUGUAAACGAAUGGUGACCUGAUAGAAAUGGCCAGAACAGGGGUGUGUUGCGCCAACCUUGAGGAGCCUGCGGCACUGAUGAAGAUGGGCCUCAGCAUGGUGCUGGUGGGCCACGUUAACUUCCUGUUAGGAGCGCUGGUGCACGGCGUGGUGCUCAGACACAUUAACCUCCACAAACAAGCCCGUGCCAUGGAAUACGCCAUCUCUAAUGUAGUGGCUCUCGCAUCUGGACUGGUGGGAAUAGUUGUUGGCAUUGUGGCUAUUGUCCUAUCCAAAAACAAGAAAAGCAAAAGCCUGACAUGGUCAGUCUUCAGCGUGAGCUUGGUAUCGUCGCUCAUGGCGUCGGCGUCCGCCAUUGGCCUGCUGGUGUCCGUGGUGAGGGCCAUCAUCCACGGUGGGCGGAGCCUUCUGACACAUUGCCGCUUCCCUGAUGCCAUCGGGUACUCAAGCAUCACCAACGAGUGUCCUUUUGAUCCCACGCGCAUAUAUAGCACCACUCUAAUCCUUUGGGUGCCUCUCAUCGUGACUUGCGUGGUCCAGUUCAUCUUUUCCGCCCGCUGCCUCUCCGUCUGCAUUUCCUUUCUGGGUCUGCCCUGCUGGCCGUACAGGAAGCGACGCAGAGAGGUUCGAGCGGCCAUCAAAGCGGUGAGGCCGCUGGAGGAACUGGUUGAAUCUCGUGUCAACCAAGCAACGCAACGCGAGGAACCUACGCCUCCCCAUCCUCCAAAGCGCUACACUGGAGCCCCGAGGAGCUACAGCGAACCCAGAAGAGUGGUGUCGCAACCGGUCAGACAGCAGCGCCACCAACCUCCCCCGCCGUACCACAGGAGCCUCCCCCCAGCAGAAAGGCGGCCUCUUCACCAGCAGCCUCGCUGGGAAAGGUCACAGAGACCUGAUGCUCCACAUGGGAGCCCGCGGCAACCUCCCGAACAUCGCCACCUACUGGAGAGAGGCACUCUUGAACGGUCCAGUUUCUGGAUUUAAUCUAAUGGAGAGAGACUGCUUUUAUUUCACUUUGGACCUUAACUAAAACCUGAAUGUACUGGGAACUUCAGUCAGCAUACUUGCACAAUAUAUUCGUCGAUUGCAUUCCUUCAAAGAACUGUUUCAGCUUUCCAAUUUUGCUCUGCUUAUUAGACUGUGCAGGUGUCCUUAAUGUUGUGGUCUGUGAGUGUGUCAGUAUUACAUUGUUUUGUAAAGCAUUGAUUGGAUAGAGCUACAUCACAACUAGCAGCAUUACUAUUCACAGUGCACAUUUGAAUUAUUCGUAAUAAUGAUAAAUGCAUCAUUUCGCCUGAAAAUUCUGGACUGUUCGUCUUCACAACAAUGUUGUCUGUCAAUGAGUGAAACUUGUUAUUUUAUUUUAUUUUAUUUAUUACCUUUUCAAAAUAAACAUUUGAGACGUCAACUGAGUGUGUGUGCUUUUAGUAAAAUGU